UCAAUAUAGCAGGAUGGCUAAGUUGCAGACAAGUACUGAAUAUCAUGAUGAUCUUAGGAUUUAUGUUGAACUAUGCUCUUCGUGUGAAUCUUACUAUUGCUAUAGUUGAAAUGAUAAAACCAAAUGUUACGACAGCAAUUAUGAACGGAAAUGCAUCGUAUAUAACAGAAACAACAAUUCAACCAGAAGCUUCGACAUUAUUAACAACUACAAAUGGAGAAACUGAAGAUGACUAUUCAGACAGAUUUAAUUGGGACGAGGCUCAAAAACAGCUGAUUUUGGGAUCAUUCUUUUGGGGUUAUGUACUGACUGAACUGCCUGGUGGUCGACUUGCUGAAUUGGUUGGUGGUCAUCGAGUUUUCGGACACAGUAUGUUCUGGGCUAGUAUAAUUACAUUAGCAACUCCAAUUACUGCUCAUAUGGGAUAUCAAGCUAUGGUUGUUUUGAGGGCUUUGCUAGGUUUCAUGUUAGGAGCUUCGUGGCCAUCAAUAGUUCCAAUGGCAUCAGUUUGGGUUAAACCAAUGGACAGAUCUAAGUUCAUGUCAAAUAUGAUGGCAUCCGCUUUGGGUGCUGCUCUUACUAUGCCAAUUUGUGGAUAUUUCAUUUCAUGGUUCGGAUGGGAAAGUGUCUUCUACUUAACAGGUGGAAUCGGAGUUUUCUGGUCAAUCUGCUGGUUCUUAUUGAUCUUUGAGACCCCUGCCAGACAUCCAAGAAUCACACCAGAAGAACGCAAAGAAAUCGAGGAUGCAAUUGGAUCAACAACCUCAAAGACAAAGCCAACAUAUGUUCCAUGGAAGGAAAUUCUUACUGCUCCAUGUGUCUGGGCAAUUAUUUUGGUUCAUGGUGCUAGUGUUUUUGGAUAUUUCCUUGUUGUUAAUCAAUUGCCUGGAUACAUGAAAUCAAUUCUUCACUACGAUAUUAAAGCAAACGGUCUCCUUUCAUCACUUCCAUACUUUGGUAAAUACGCAAUGUCAGUUGUUGCAUCCCAUUUUGCUGAUUACUUAAGAACUCGUGGAAAAAUAACAACAACAGUGGCAAGAAAGUCAUUUACAGCAUUUGCCGUUGGAACUCCAAGUUUCUUCUUCUUCUUAUUGAUUUUCUUCGGACAUAGUCGAGUAUGGGCUAUAACAAUUUUCACUAUCGCUCUUACACUUAAUGGUGCUGUUACUGCUGGUUAUCUUGGCAAUGGAUUAGAUAUUGCACCAAAUUUCUCAGGAACAAUUUUCGGAAUGGCAAAUACGCUUAGCAGCUUUGGUGGAUUUGUUUCAGCAUGGAUGGUUGGAGUCUUAACUUAUGAAAAUAACACAUACGGACAAUGGCAAAUAAUCUUCGCUAUCGUUUCUGUAACAUACCUAGUCGGAUGUUUGGCAUUUGUAACAUUGGGUAAAGGAGAAUUACAGCCCUGGAAUAACCCACCAGAGAAAAAUGGAGUUCCAUUACAAGAAUUACGAUCAACAGAAGAAGGCGUUCCACUACAAACAAAUAACACACAAAAAUAA